AUCGUUAACUCCGCGAAGCCCGUCACCUGUCACCUACAUGUGCGCGGAGUCUUCGUGCUCCGAUAACGCGCGGUGAGGUGUCAAACGCCAGUAUCAUCGUACGGUGUCACUUGCACUCUAGCAGAAGGAAUAACUCUUUUCCAAAGUGGGUGGCAGCUCGAUCCGAUUCUCACGGUUGUCUGCGGAUAACCUUCGAUUGUUUCGCUCGCCCCUUCUCCGUUCCAGUCGCUGUAACAAAAUAGACAGACAGGAUGACUGAUUCAAAGUAUUUUACUACUACAAAAAAGGGAGAGAUAUUUGAGCUCAAGUCAGAACUGAAUAAUGAGAAAAAAGAGAAGAAAAAAGAAGCUGUAAAGAAGGUUAUUGCUUCUAUGACAGUCGGGAAAGACGUGUCUGCGUUGUUUCCUGACGUAGUGAACUGCAUGCAGACUGACAAUUUGGAGCUGAAAAAACUGGUGUAUCUGUAUCUGAUGAACUAUGCCAAGAGUCAACCCGACAUGGCCAUCAUGGCAGUCAACACGUUCGUCAAGGAGCUAGCGACAUCUCCGAUGACAAAGGACUGCGAGGACCCAAAUCCGCUGAUUCGCGCGCUAGCAGUUCGCACGAUGGGAUGCAUACGCGUCGACAAGAUAACCGAGUAUCUGUGCGAGCCGCUGCGUAAGUGUCUGAAGGACGAGGAUCCAUAUGUACGCAAGACCGCAGCCGUGUGUGUCGCCAAACUUUAUGACAUUAACGCAGCCUUGGUCGAGGACCAGGGAUUUCUGGAUCAAUUGAAGGAUCUCCUAUCCGACAGCAAUCCAAUGGUUGUUGCAAAUGCGGUAGCUGCAUUGUCUGAAAUCAACGAGGCUAGUCCAAGUGGUCAACCGUUGGUGGAGAUGAAUGCACAGACCAUAAACAAACUACUGACAGCACUUAACGAAUGUACAGAAUGGGGCCAAGUUUUCAUCCUGGAUUCACUGGCGAAUUAUUCGCCAAAGGACGAUCGCGAGGCGCAAAGCAUCUGCGAACGGAUCACUCCACGCCUGGCACAUGCUAAUGCCGCAGUCGUGCUUUCUGCUGUCAAGGUAUUAAUGAAAUUGAUGGAGAUGUUGCAAUCCGAAUCGGACUUCGUCGGCACACUUACGAAGAAAUUGGCACCACCUCUUGUCACAUUACUGAGCUCCGAGCCAGAGGUUCAAUAUGUCGCAUUAAGGAACAUCAACCUCAUUGUGCAGAAGCGACCCGACAUUCUGAAACACGAGAUGAAAGUAUUCUUUGUCAAAUACAACGAUCCGAUAUAUGUAAAACUGGAGAAGCUGGAUAUUAUGAUUCGUUUAGCGUCGCAAGCCAAUAUUGCUCAAGUUUUGUCGGAGCUGAAAGAAUAUGCUACUGAAGUUGACGUGGAUUUUGUACGGAAGGCUGUGAGAGCUAUCGGUCGGUGCGCCAUAAAAGUUGAACCAUCCGCUGAACGUUGUGUUUCCACAUUGCUAGAUCUGAUACAAACCAAGGUGAAUUAUGUCGUUCAAGAAGCGAUUGUGGUAAUAAAAGAUAUCUUCCGCAAAUAUCCUAAUAAAUAUGAAAGCAUAAUUUCGACUCUAUGCGAGAAUCUGGACACACUUGACGAGCCUGAGGCGCGUGCUUCUAUGAUUUGGAUCAUUGGAGAAUACGCGGAGCGCAUCGAUAAUGCAGAUGAACUGUUGGAGAGCUUCCUGGAGGGAUUCCACGAUGAGAACACGCAGGUGCAGCUUCAACUGCUCACGGCGAUCGUGAAAUUAUUCCUCAAGAGACCGACAGAUACGCAAGAGUUGGUUCAGCAAGUGCUCAGUCUGGCCACCCAGGAUUCCGACAAUCCCGAUCUGCGAGAUCGCGGUUUUAUUUACUGGCGAUUGUUAAGCACGGAUCCGGCAGCAGCUAAGGAAGUGGUGCUCGCGGAAAAGCCUCUGAUUUCGGAGGAAACGGAUCUGCUGGAGCCGACGUUGUUGGAUGAAUUGAUUUGCCAUAUCUCGAGCUUGGCGUCCGUGUAUCACAAACCUCCCACGGCGUUCGUGGAGGGCAGAGCUGCAGGCGCUAGAAAGUCCUUACCUGCUAGAAGCAAUUCGAACGAAGAUUCCCGCACAAAUGCACAGCAGCCUCACGCGCAGGUCAUACCCGCCCAAGAUUCCCUGAUAGGCGAUCUCCUCAGCAUGGACAUUGGUGGACCUCAAGCGGCAAUGGCCACACCGACGCCCGCGCCACAAGCGGCAGGAUUAGGAUUGGAUCUUUUAGGUGGUGGUUUGGACGGAAUUCUAAGCAAUACCGAUAACACAAGCGCAGCGCCAGUCGUUUCCCAGAGUACAACAGGUCUCCUUGGUGACAUAUUCGGCUUCAGCCAAGGUCCCGUGUCUUAUAUAUCUCCUAAAGUUAACUGGCUGCCGGCCGAAAAAGGCAAAGGUUUCGACAUUUGGGGCACUUUCACGAGAAAGAACGGACAGAUUAGCAUGGAUAUGACUUUCACAAAUAAGGCGAUGCAACCCAUGGGAGGAUUCGCGAUACAACUCAACAAAAAUAGCUUUGGAUUGUCGCCGGCGGCUCCGUUGCAAGUACCAGCUCCUCUGAAUCCUGGAGCGAGUGUAGAGACGAACGUUAUAUUAUCUACCGUGGGUGCAGUACAACGCAUGGAGCCCUUGAAUAAUCUUCAAGUCGCUAUUAAGAACAAUAUCGACGUUUUCUACUUUGCGUGUAUCGUCCCGAUGAACGUAUACUUCGCAGAGGAUGGUCAAUUGGACAAGAGAGUAUUUCUUUCAACUUGGAAAGAUAUACCUGCACAAAAUGAGGUACAAUAUACGCUGAAUGGAGUAAUGUUGACCGCGGAUCAAGUUGUGCAAAAAAUGCAACAAAACAAUGUCUUCACAAUUGCCAAGAGAAAUGUAGAAGGCCAGGAUAUGCUUUAUCAGUCUCUCAAGUUGACAAAUAAUGUCUGGGUGUUGAAUGAAUUGAAGAUUCAGCCAGGCAAUCCUGAUGUCACAUUAUCCCUGAAAUCUCGGUCGGUGGAAGUUGCUCCUGGAGUAUUUCAAGCAUAUAACGCAAUCUUACAUUCUUAAGUUUUCCUUUUUUUAUCAAUUAAAAUAUUGCCAUAAAAUGCGAAUUAUAAAAAAUAUUAUAUAGCACGCAAGCAUGCGCAGCAUUGUAUUUAUAGAAGCUAUCUGUGUUAUACAUUCGCGUAUCGUGCAUAAGAUUCGAAUAUCUUGAGAUCUAGUAUCAUAGAAAUCUCUCUCUCCCUCUGUUAUAUAUUGUCGAAUUUAUUAUAAAAAUGAUCACAGACA